AUGACCUGGACAAAUAAUUCAAUUAAAGCAAUUGAUGAGUCUAUAGUCAAAAGAGUGAGAGAAAAUUUAUCAUUAGGGAAACCUGCUUGGCAGAAAUCCAAUUACCCAGGAGCCAGGACAUGGGGAGCUGACAAAGCUGUGGAUGGGAAUUAUACUUAUCGUGGAGCACUUGGCAAUCAGUGUACGAUAUCAGCAGAUUAUCAACAGACAGCAGAGUGGAGAGUGGAUCUAGAGAGUGUGGUCAGCAUCAGUCACAUCAACAUCUUCUACAGGACGGAUAAUCGUCCCAGUCCAAGUGGGUACGAAAGCAGAUUUGCAGGAUUUUUCCUCUACAUUUCAAACACGACUUCAAAAGAUGAUGGUUUCCUUUGUUUCCACGAGAUACAGAACGUUAGUGGCACACCUAUAGAGGAUCAGCGAAUCAACUGCUCUCUUAAUGGACGUUAUGUGAUAUACUAUAAUGAACGGAGACCUGACGUGGUUUACCCUGAUUACUACUCCACGUACGCAUUCAAUGAAUUGUGUGAAUUGGAAGUCUACGGAUGCCAUAUUCCAGGAUAUUAUGGAGAAUUUUGUAAUCAAACAUGUCCAGUCAAUUGCCAGAGACAGCAGUGUGAUGUCGUAAAUGGUGACUGUGUAAAUGGAUGUUUACCAGGAUAUAUAGGUCUGAAAUGUGGUGAUAAAUGUGGCGGAGGAACAUAUGGUGUUAACUGCACUCAGUCCUGUGGUCACUGCUUAAACAAUGAACAGUGUCAUCAUAUCAACGGUACUUGUUUACAGGGUUGUUCUCCUGGAUACAAGGGACCGGGCUGCAAAGCUAAAUGUGAUAGUGGGAUGUAUGGUAUUAACUGCAAUCAAGUAUGUGGUCAUUGCAUUAAUUAUGAACAAUGUCAUCAUAUCAACGGUAGUUGUUUACAAGGAUGUUCUCAAGGAUAUAAGGGAUCUCUCUGCAAUUCUGCUUGUGAUGAUGGCUUGUAUGGGGAAAACUGCAACCAAAGCUGUGGACAUUGUAUUAACAAUAUUCAGUGUAACCACGUUAAUGGUUUAUGUUAUGAAGGAUGCUCCGUAGGAUUCAAAGGAUUACUUUGCGACAACGCAUGUGACGGUGGAAUGUAUGGCGUUAAUUGCAAUCGAGUAUGUGGUCAUUGUCUGAACAAUGAGCAGUGCCAUCAUAUCAACGGCACCUGUUUACAAGGAUGUUCAAAAGGAUACAGGAGAACCCUCUGCAAAAUUGCGUGUGAAGUUGGAAAGUAUGGCUAUAACUGCAAUGAAAGCUGUAGACACUGUAUGCACAAUACCACGUGUAACCACGUCAACGGUACAUGUCAAGAAGGAUGUUCUGUGGGAUACCACGGGCCUCUUUGUACAAAUGUUUGCAGUCGAUCGCACUGGGGAGUCAAUUGUAAAGAGACCUGUAGUACAGAGUGUGUCAGCCAGACUUGUCAUCACGAGUCAGGACAUUGUCUAUUAAACGCACAGGCACAGUUUUCCAACACAUGUAAGAAUGACUAUACAAUUACCAUUACCAGUGUUGUUGUCUGUAUUUUAAUUGUGUUGAUGAGCAGUCUCCUAAAUUUUGUCAUCUGGAGGAAAAUGCAGCAAAAAGGGGCGGUUUUAGACACCCCAAAUGACAAAGACUAUUACAACGAAUUCCCAUCUGUUCGUAUAGGAGAUAAACAGAGUGGGCAAGAUAUGAAUAUUUCCCCUUAUGCAGAACUAACAGAACUUGACCACACCAACACUUAUGAACAAAUUCAUCGACAUGUAAAAGCAGACGAGAAAAUGUAG